GCCACUUAUACAUCCGCGGUCACACUGGAGCAAACGAAAAUAUUGCCGGCCCCGCCACAGUUCCAUUCCGCGGUGUGAAAUCAUUUUAUUUGGCAAAGUGAAAAGUUUUCGAGCCAGCGACAGAAGGGAGCUGAACAGACCAACAGACCUGAACCCACCCCAAAUCUAGCGAUUCAGCGAAAAAGAUUCUCCAUUCAGGCACAUCGGAUUGCUUUCCAUUCGAGCAACAGUCACAUCCUCAGCCUAAAAGAAACAGCAUGGCCUGGCGCUUCAAGGCUUCCAAAUAUAAAAACGCCGCGCCUAUUGUCCCCAAAGCGGAGGCAUGCGUCCGCGAAAUCUGUGUGGGUAGCUAUCAGACUUAUGGCAACAAUAUCGCCGCCUCGGCCGCCUUUAUGGCCUUCAAUUGGGAGCACACCGGAUCGAGUGUGGCCGUCUUACCGCUGGACGAUUGCGGGCGCAAGAGCAAGACAAUGCCGCUGCUGCAUGGCCACACGGACACAGUGACAGACCUGAAGUUUUCGCCAUUCCAUGACGGCCUGUUGGCCACCGCAUCGCAGGAUUGCCUGGUGAAAAUCUGGCAUAUACCAGAAAAGGGCCUGGAGCAGUCGCUCUCCGAUCCGGAGGCCGUCUUCUCACACAAACAGCGACGCGUGGAGACGGUGGGCUUCCAUCCGACGGCCGAUGGUAUGAUGUACUCGACAGCGGCCGGCUGUGUGGCCCUGUUCGAUCUGAUGAGCCAGAAGGAGAUAUUCUCAAACAACGAGCAUCCCGAGGUUAUACAGUCGGCCAGUUGGCGCGAGGAUGGCACCGUCCUGGCCACCAGCUGCAAGGACAAGUGUGUGCGAAUCUUCGAUCCACGUGCCGCCGGCUCACCCAUCCAAAUGCUGGCUGAAUCGCAUCAGAGCAUCAAGGAUUCGCGAGUAGUCUGGCUGGGUGGCCAGUCGCGUAUCCUUACCACCGGCUUUGAUGCCGCUCGCCUGCGGCAGGUGAUCAUCCGGGAUAUUCGUAACUUUGGCACACCCGAAAAGACCCUCGAGCUGGACUGCUCGACGGGCAUACUGAUGCCACUUUUUGAUCCCGACACGAACAUGCUCUUCCUUGCCGGUAAGGGGGACACGACCAUUAAUUAUCUGGAGAUCACCGACAAGGAUCCAUAUCUGAUCGAGGGACUGCGUCACACUGGCGAACAGACAAAGGGCGCCUGCCUGGUCCCCAAGCGGGCACUGAAGGUGAUGGAGGCGGAAGUGAAUCGCGUUCUCCAACUCACAUCCAACAUGGUCAUUCCCAUCAUGUACCAAGUGCCCAGAAAGACCUAUCGCGAUUUCCAUGCCGAUCUCUAUCCGGAGACCACAGGCUACAAAACAGAACUGAUUGCCAGCGAGUGGCUGAAUGGUAGCAAUCAGGCGGUGCCCAAAAUGAAUCUGGAUCCAGCAAAGCGGGAACUUGGCGACGAACCGAUAAUUAUUCAUCGCGGUAAUUUAAGCGAUUUUGUCAAGAAUCUGGAAAACCAGCGGACCAAUGGCCAAGGCAAGGGCACGGUCACCGGCCAGAAGAUUCAGACACAGACCCCAAACCAGAAUCAGUUGUCGUCGGCCAAGCGCAACGACAACGAGCACUUUGUGAUGCUGAGCAAGGGCAACAAUUUCGAGGAGAAGAACGGCAACGACAACAGCAACAGCACCCAGAACGGAGCCGGUCAAAAGAAGAGCUGCGCCCAGUCACAGUCGCAGUCACAGCCGGACGGGGAAUGUAGCGAACUGAUACGCAAAUUUGAGGCCAAGUACAAGAUCGAUACCGAGAAGGAUGUACGUACUGCAGGCGGCGGUGCCCAUGAUGAUGAAAAGGAAUCACCCACCGAACAUUCGGCGGGCAGCAGCGAAGAGGCAUCCGCCAGUUCGUCGGGUGCUCUGGACACGCAUUCAGCCAGCGGUAGCAACUCCCCGCCCAAGCCAAUGCCGCGAACAUCGCGCAACAAUUCACUGCCAGAGGCCAGCGAUUCAGCGGGCGAGAGUAGCAGCACCACAACCACACCACGGCCCAGACCACGUACAACGGCAGCGACUGCCUAUAAGCCUCGUUUGGGACCGAAGCCCUUCUCGAGCACCACAGGCGAUGUGUCCUUUGACAAGGUGUUUGCCGUGCCCCUUGCACCCGGCUCACAUGAGAACAUCUCGAGCGUUGGCCAGGAGAGCAACGUAGGCAGCGGAGGCGGAGAGCCAGCACCAGCCAUAGCUGCUCACGUACAGCCGUCAGCCAAGCCGGAUCUCAUUGAAAUUGAAAUCAAAAAGAAGAACGAGCGGGAGACGAUUGCAACCGCUGGAAAUGGAGUGCAAAAGUCACUCACUACAUCGGAGCGGCGCAAGUCUUCGGCUGACGAUGAUGAAUCAUCCGAUAAGAUUUUCGAACAAAACUCCGAAUCGUCGGAGAACUCAACAGAGGGCGAAGAUCGCACCGAUGCCGAUCUCCGACGCUUCUCCUCGGCCCGAAGCAGCAUUGCCGAACGUCGACGUCUCUACGAGAAUCGAUCCAAGAGUCAGGUGGACGAGAAGGCCCAGUCGCCAGUGCCAUUGCGUCGUGAAACCUCCAAGGUGGAGCCGGUAAAGCUCAACCAACCGCAGCAGCAGCCACAGAGCAACGUUAUUGGUGGCACCUGCGUGGACAGCAAGCGCAUCUCGGUGCCGGAGGGAAAGCUCCUCGAAGAACAUCGUCAGCAACGGGGCAAUAAUGGAGCCGCCAAUGCUGCUGGACUCAAGAAAUCCGCCACGGAGGCCGCCUUCAGUGCCGCCUCGACCAAACGCACCUCGACCGUUUUCGGCAAGGUCUCCAAAUUCCGACACCUGAAGGGCACGCCCGGCCGCAAGUCAACACACAUUGAGAACUUGCGCAAUUUGAGCCGCCAGAUACCGGGCGAAUGCAAUGGCUUCCAUGCCAAUCACGAGCGUGUGGCGGUCCCGCUUUCGGGGCCAGGCGGCAAGAUAGCUAUCUUUGAGCUGAGUCGCCCGGGCCGUUUGCCCGAUGGUGUCAUUCCCUCGCUGGUGAAUGGCAGCAACAUCAUGGACUUCCAGUGGGAUCCGUUCGAUGCCCAGCGCCUGGCCGUUGCCUGUGACGAUGGCAUAGUCAAGCUGUGGCACAUAGCCGAGGGCGGCCUCAGUGAGCCAACCAAUACGCCCGCCGGCGAGCUGACAGCCCACCUUGACAAAAUCUACUUCAUCCGCUUCCACCCGUUGGCCGCCGACGUUCUGCUCACAGCCAGCUACGAUAUGACCAUUAAGCUCUGGGACUUGCGCACCAUGACCGAGAAAUGCUCGCUCACGGGCCACUCGGACCAGAUAUUCGACUUUGCCUGGAGCCCAUGCGGCCGUCUGGGUGCUACUGUCUGCAAGGAUGGCAAAAUACGCGUCUACAAUCCACGCAAAUCGGAGAUGCCCAUACGCGAGGGCAACGGGCCCGUGGGCACCCGGGGAGCACGCAUCACCUGGGCCGUCGAGGGACAAUAUAUUGUCUGCACUGGAUUCGAUAAGGUCUCGGAGCGACAGAUCAGCGUUUACAAUGCCCAAAAAUUGUCGGCACCGCUGAACACGGCCAGUCUGGAUGUGUCGCCAUCUAUAUUGAUACCCUACUAUGACGAGGAUAGCUCCACACUGUUCGUUACAGGCAAGGGCGAUUCGACCAUUUAUUGCUAUGAGAUCACCGACGAGGAGCCGUACAUCUGCCCGCUGUCGCAUCAUCGUUGCACAUCGCUGCACCAGGGCUUGAGCUUCCUCACCAAGAACCACUGCGAUGUGGCCAGCGUGGAGUUCUCCAAGGCCUAUAGGCUGACCAACACGACCAUCGAGCCGCUCAGCUUCACAGUGCCACGCCUCAAGAGCGAACUGUUCCAAGACGACCUCUUUCCAUCCACGCGCAUCACCUGGAGCGCCACGCUCAGUGCCGAUGAUUGGUUUGCCAGCAACAAUGACAAGGCGGCACCCAAGAUCAGUCUCAAGCCCGAGGGCAUGAAGACCCUUUCUUCCAUACAUGUAGUGCCAGUGCAGCAUGUUAAGAAAUCGUUAGAGCAGUCCGCUAUAUACAGCCAAAAGCCAGAGUACGAAAUAAACAAACAGCAAGAGAUACAGAAGUCGGUGAGUGCGCGCAUGGAGUACACCACAAAGCUGGAGCAGGACGAUAUGGAGGGUGUGGACGAGAAAGAGUGGCAGGAGUAGCAGCAAAAGAAUCAGCAACAACAAAAUUGGGAGUAAUUUUUACUA